AUGCGGGCGGCGGGCGACAUUGGCAAGUACUGCGAGGGCAUGAUGGAACAGGGAUACCGGCCAGCCAAGGCUGACAAGGACCUGGAUGAGGAAGAGGUCGAUGCCAUGGCCAUCAAGACCUACAUACACAGGUGGGCCAAGCUCCUGCUACUGGAGGCGGAUGAAGGCGUCCUGCAGCAUGUGCAGGCGCUCAAGGACUGGCCCCUGGAGCUGCUCAGUGCAGAGGGCUGGGUGCUGCUGGAUAUGGAGGCCAGCAGGGCCGGCAAGUAUCAUGACAUGCGGCAGGUCAAAUUCAGCAUCAAAGAUGGGGAGGAGCUGCCCAGGACGGCGUUUGGGUAA